AUGCAAUUUGAAAAAAAAUUAUUAGAGCAGAAGUUAGAGGCCACACUGAAAGAGAAGAAAAUUGCUGAUAAAACUAGAUUUAAUGGUAAACCGCAUGACUGGGUGCGCUUCAAAGGCCAGUUUGAAGCGAUGGUCGACUCGCAAAGUGUACCAUCGAUAACUAAGUUCUCCCACCUUAAAGAGCUUGUUGAGCCAAGUAUUAGAACCGCGAUAGACUGCCUCCCGUUUACAAACGAAGGAUACACUCUGGCCUUCAAGUAUUUAGAAGAUAAAUAUGGGCACCCUAGCGAAGUAGCUGGUUCAUAUGUAGUUAGCCUCUUAGAAUUGCCGACCAUUAAUGAAAGGGACGUUUCCAAAAUACACCGAUUUUACAAACAGCUAUUGUUUAACAUUGAGAGCUUGGAAACCCUGGGGAAACUUGAUAGCAUUGAAGGCACAACCUAUUACGUGUUGCGCAAACUUGAAAUCAUCAAAGCUGAACUGGUGACUCGUGUUAAGACUGAUUGGAGAGAUUGGACAUUCAAGGAUUUGUUAGAAUCCUUGAAAAAAUGGACGGAGACCAAUCUAGUUCCUAAAGUUCAUAAACGCGGUAAAUUUGGAAAAGAUCCCUACAGUCAGUCCCGGGGCGGGCAAGCAUUUGGGUCACACGAUCAUGAAAUAAAAUGUGUGUACUGCGAAAGUACAGAUCAUAGAGCCAAAACCUGUGACAAGGUGUUGACACCACUUGAGAGAACGAAAAUCCUUGCCAAAAAGGGUUUAUGUUUUAAUUGCGCAAGUGGUCAGCAUCAUGCAAAUUCUUGUAAGAGUAAAAUCUUGUGCCAACUCUGCGAAGGGCGACAUCAUACUUCGAUAUGUGAGAGUAAAAACCCUGAUGAAACUAACAACCGGUACAAGUUUCACAGCCAGUAUAAACAAAACAUCUGUAAUUCAUCCUGUAGUGUUAAUUAA